CGCACUUUUUUUUAUAGGCCAAUGUGCAUAAUUACACCUGACACAUACAACCGUAGGUAAGGUGAAAAAGAGAAACAGCAGCGAACAUGAUGACCGAUGUGAGCGAAACCGAAACAGUUGAAGUUCAUUCAGGAACCGAGCAGGAGGAAUGUGAGAAUGUGAUAGAUUUCACAGAGGCUGUGGAAAAAUUGGCAGAAGGUCUCUUGAGCAUUUAUCAGCCUCCAUUGGAACAAGUUAAGAAAGAUCUCUUGGAAUUAACAAGUAAACAAGAAACUCUACUUGCCCAAAUGCAAUCUGAAAACAAAAAGAUAAAUGAAACAUUUGAAGAUAUAGAUUUAAAUGACAUGUUUUCAACUGUUAAAGUUUAUCAAGGAAAGUUAGCGUCAAUAAGAAAAGAAAUGAUCAAUAUUCAUGAAAGGACUUCUAAGUUAAAGAAACGCGCGUUACGUCUACAACAGAUAAAGCAGAAAGAAGCAUUAAACAGAGAGCAGCAACGUGAACAAGAAUUGCGCAGAGAACAAGAGUUAAUUGCUAGGCCUGUAACCAAUUAACAGCGUAUAAAUCCUGAAGGUAAAAACUAAUAUUGCAACUUUUACAUAAGUAGAAGUAAUUUGUAUGAGAGAAAAAUAUAUGCAUAUAUGUAUAUAGAAAAUAAGAAUGCUGUGAAUUUAUAUUUAACUGUUGUUUUAAAAUAAAGAAUAUGUCGAAAUUA